AUGGCGUGCCUGGGUUUUCUCCUCCUCCUCCUCCUUCUCGCCAGUGCAGUGGCCCAGGGGGAGUACGGCGUGGUCCACGUGGUGUCACAGAACUGGAGCAAGGACUACUGUGUGCUGUUCAACUCAGACUAUGUCACCCUGCCCCGGGACCUGCGCCACGCCCCACUGCUGCGCCUGUACGAUGGCACCUCGGCACCCUGGUGCCCUGGCGAGGACUCCUCCCACCAGGCCCCGCCCGGCUCCCCCAGCCAGCGGCCCCUCCGCCAGACCACCGCCAUGGUCAUGAGGGGCAACUGCAGCUUCUACGCUAAGGGCUGGCUGGCUCAGGGCCGAGGUGCCCACGGGCUGCUCAUCGUGAGCCGGGUCAGCGGCCAACAGUGCUCAGACACCACCCUGGCAGCCCAGGACCCCCCCCAGCCCCUGCCCGACCUCACCAUCCCUGUGGCCAUGCUCCAAUACACCGACAUGCUCGACAUCCUCAGCCACACCCACGGCGACUCCACGGCCCGCGUGGCCUUGUACGCGCCCCCAGAGCCCAUCCUCGACUACAACAUGGUGGUCAUCUUCAUCCUGGCCAUCGGCACCGUGGCCAUGGGCGGCUACUGGGCCGGCCUAACCGAGGCCGAUCGGCUGCGGCGGCGCCGGGCCCGAGGAGGGGGGGGACCCGGGGAUCUCGAUCCGCAGGAAGCAGCGGCCGCCCAGGGGAGCCAGGAGGAAGACGACGAGGACACCCCCGUGGACUUCACACUGGCCACGACGGGCGCAGUGAUCACCAUGUCCUGCUGCAUCAUGCUGCUCCUCUACUUCUUCUACGACUGCUUCGUCUACGUCAUGAUCGCCAUCUUCGGCCUGGGCGCGGGCACCGGCCUCUACAGCUGCACGGCCCCCCUGGUGCGGCACCUGCCCCUGCAGCAAUACCAGUGGUCCCUGCCGGGCCGCCGGGCCCGUCUGCAGCUGCCCCUGCUGCUGCUGGCCGGCCUGUGCGCGCUGGUGACCGUCCUCUGGGUCGCCUACCGCAACGAGGACCGCUGGGCGUGGCUCCUGCAGGACGCGCUGGGCAUCGCCUACUGCCUGUUCGUCCUGCGGCGCGUGCGGCUGCCCAGGCUCAAGCACUGCACCUGCUUCCUGCUGGCCCUGCUGGCCUUUGACGUCUUCUUUGUCUUCGUCACGCCCCUCUUCACCAGGACGGGUGAGAGCAUCAUGGUGGAGGUGGCCUCGGGCCCGGCAGAUUCCUUGAGCCACGAGAGGCUGCCCAUGGUGCUCAAAGUGCCCCAGCUGAGCUUCUCGGCCUUGACCCUGUGUGACCAGCCCUUCACCAUCCUCGGCUUCGGUGACAUCGUGGUCCCAGGCUUCUUGGUGGCCUACUGCCAUCGCUUCGAUGUGCAGACGCGCUCGGGCCAGGUCUACUUCACGGCCUGCACCGCGGCCUACGCGGCGGGUCUGCUGCUCACUUUCGCCGCCAUGGUGCUCACGCAGGUGGGUCAGCCCGCCCUGCUCUACCUGGUGUCCAGCACCCUGCUCACUAGCCUGGCCGUGGCCGCCUGCCGCCAAGAGCUCACCCUCUUCUGGACUGGCCAGGACAGAGCCAAGACCCCUACCCAGCCCGUGGCAGGGCUCUGUGACACCCAUUCCGCUGGCUCCAAGCAGAAGCAGGAGGACACAGUAGACGUCCCCAUAGCCAGCAAGUCUGAGGGGGUCACCAACCACUUGUCAGGGGACUUAGACAGCGGCCUCGGGGAGGCCACAGCCAGGAUUGUCACCGUACCUGAGGAUGAAGCCACGGGUCUGGUUGGCUACAGCGAUAGCUCCGAGGGCUGGAGUGAUGCCAACCUGGACCCCGAGGAGCUGCCCCGUGCCUCCCCCAGGGCCUCAGAGGAGCUGACACCACAGACGCCAUCACCCUCAGAGCUGCGCCAGGCCCAGGCCCAGGCCCAGGGCGCUGACCUGCCCUGGAGGAGGCCGUACAAAAGGAAGAGCUUGAGGGUGAAGAAGAGCAUGUCAACCCAGGCUCCCUUGUGA